UUUUUGCUCAACAAAAUUAUGCUUCUUAAAUAAAUACAAGGCAAUCAAGCUCAGGUUGUUUGCAAGCGCGGUGACUGGUCGAACGUCGAAGCAGUGGUGGCAAAUGGUGUUGGUCAAUUGUGUGGAGAAGCAUGGGAUGUAAACCAAGUCGUCCGAAUAGAAGGCGAGGUGGUAGUAGAGACCACUCCCAGUACUCAGGCUCUGAGUCGUGUGGUUGUUGUAAUCCAGACUGCGAGGUAACUCAACAAGGAAGACGGGGUUCACGCGGCCAGAGCCAAGGUCGAUAUGACGCACCGCCGUUAUGUCGCUCACACACAAAUGUGUGCUUAAGUCCGUCCAAGUGUCAUCUUAUAGCGACGCGUGUGGUCAUUUGCAAGAAGAGUUCCGAUUAGAUUUGUUCAGCGAACUCUACAAUACCAAUACAAAAAAUUUGUUUUGAUACAAUAUUUGAAGUAUUUUCCAAAAGGAAAUGUCAAAGCAUUAUUUAGAAUUUCAAAAGAAAGCUGGAAAAAUAUUUUUGGCUCAAAAUUUCUGUUGUCAAAAGCGGAAAACGUGAUUCGUAAACAAAAUUCAACAUUACAAAUUCGCUUGCGGUUGUAGAUAGGCGAGCUGCCAAACAAAAACUUGUCAAAAUUUCGGGGCACAAGCUGAAGUGACUUUUACAAAAUGGGCAAUGCCGGUAGUAGUAAUCGUAGUGAUCCACACCGAUCACCACCGCAUCAAAGCUAUCAGUAUUACGAGCAAGCAAGACCACAGACGCGGAAUCGUGAUCAGUACGACGUAUCAGGAAGUAUGAACGAAGCUAGCAUGGGUCCACGUAUUGUGGUGCACGGCAGUCCAUAUAUGGACCGACCGAGCCAAUAUGAGGUAAGGCAGCGGACACCGAAGAGAACGCCAAAGCACAGCACACCGAAAUCUUCACACAGCGGCGCUGCGAUGUGUGUGCGCGAGUAUGGCAUUUCCCCACAACGACCACAAGCAAUAUCAGAAACGUCCUUAUUCUCAAAUCAAAGACCACCACAGCGAACUCCACCAACAACAAUACGGCCACAGCCGCAACAACAGCAGCAACUAGUGCGCAGUCCGAUAGAAUCGUGUAAUUGUAAAGCCUGUCGUGAUAAAGAUGAGAAAUUAGCAGCAUAUGCCGGUUCAUCAGCCACACCCAACACAACUUAUGUGUCACCAAGCGCCGCCAACACAACUUAUGCAUCACCAAUCGCCGCCACCAACACAACUUACGUGUCACCUAUCGAAUAUACAUCAACUCCAACAGCGCCAAAGCGCAACGCCUGCACCACCGCCAACUCUUGUACUGGCUGUAGCCGCGGCGGUCAGGGCUACAUGGAGCCAAACUCAGCUGCGCACAGCACAGCGUUUGACAGGAGCUUGAAUGACACGAGCCGUGAAAGGAACCGUAGAGAACUCAAUGAAGCUUCUGUGGAACAUUCAGGUAGGCAUUGCUGCAAAUACGAGGAUGAAAGUUAUGCAAAUACGUCGACGCGUAGGCGUCAGAGUCCCGCGUCGAGCGAAAUCCAAACAACCAAGAGCAGGGGUGAAAACCAUCCAAUUACGUCGACGCGAAUACACGAGUGUCCAAUGGCAAAUGAAACACAAUCAUCCAAAUACAGGGAUGAAGCUUAUCCGCUUACAUCGACGCGUAUUCAUAAUAAUGCCAUAUCAAGGGAAAGUGAGGCUUACAAGUACAGGGAUGAGACCUAUGCAGACACGUCUACCCGAAUGUCUCCGAGCGUUGGACAAACUCAAGCAUCACCACCGGCGCAACUUCAAAUAUGCUACGAUGGCGGCAUGACAACGAGUGGUGGCGCUACUUCAGCCGAGGUAUCAGACUUUCAUCGUGAAUGCUUGGAUGCUCAUAACAGAUAUCGUGCCCGACACCAGAAUUGCCCACCACUAUCUCUCAGCAACGAAUUGAGUAAAUAUGCGCAACAAUGGGCUCAGCAUCUGGCCGCUACUGGGCGCCUGGAACACCGUCAAGUGCACACAUACGGCGAAAACUUAUACACAUCGAGUGGCAUGGAGGUGGAUGGCGCUACAGUGGUGAAAAACUGGUACGAUGAGAUACGCAAUUAUGAUUUCUCAAAGGCCACCUACAAACCUGGCACCGGACAUUUUACGCAAAUUGUGUGGCGUGACAGUCGACAGCUAGGUGUGGGUAUUGCGACAAGAGGUGAUUCUACGUACGUCGUUUGUAACUACAAUCCACCUGGAAAUAUACUGGGUAGUUUUGACGGCAUGGUGCCACCGUUAAAGUGAAGCAUGACCAAAAAUUUUAUAAAUAAUACAGCAUGUGAUAAAUUUUAGCUAACGAAAUGAGCUGGACUAGUGUUUGCAGUGAAGCUGUAAAGCUUUUGUGCUUUUAUAGGUGAUUUGUUAAUAUUAUUUAUCAUUUCAAUUUAUAUCGGCCUGGGGGUUUUACUUCUUCACUGCAACGAGUUGAUCCUGCUUGUGGAACCCUAUCAAACAAUUUUAAGUAAAACAGAAAAUAACAGUAAAUAUGUAAAUACAAACCAUGUACUCAUUAAAUUA